UUGGGUUCUAAAGGUUCUAUAGAAAUAGGAACUUGCGUGUACAAGUUUCUAGAGCGCGUUGCUGAAGAAUAUCCAGAUUCUGAUGUCAUUUUCUACAGCGAUAAUUGUUGUGGUCAACAAAAGAACCGAUUUGUGUUCAGCAUGUACUGCUAUGCUUUCGAAAAAUUAGCGAUAAAUUCUGUGUGCCAUAAAUUUUUAAUCAGCGGCCACAGUCAAAAUGAAGGCGAUAAUGCGCAUUCUCUCAUUGAGAAAUAA